GUAGGAGAGCGCCGGCCGUGACGGCGCCACGUCCCUUGCAGCGGCUGCAGAAAAAUCAGUUGGGCCUUCGGCCGGCGCCCAGCCACCAUGGCUUUUACCCUGUACUCGCUGCUGCAGGCAGCCCUGCUCUGCGUCAAUGCCAUCGCCGUGCUACACGAGGAGCGCUUCCUCAAGAACAUUGGUUGGGGAACAGACCAGGGAAUUGGCGGAUUCGGCGAGGAGCCAGGAAUUAAAUCUCAGCUAAUGAACCUUAUCCGAUCUGUAAGAACUGUGAUGAGAGUGCCAUUGAUAAUAGUAAACUCAAUCGUAAUUGUAUUACUUUUACUAUUUGGGUAAAGAUCAUUGUGGAAAUGGAGACUCAGAAGAAGAGAUGCCAGCAGAAGUUAUUACUUCGAUCUUUAUUGGAAUAUGUGUAUCCUAGCUGGCUGUCGUUGGACUUAACCAAAAUAUAAACCUGACAAUAAAACCAGAGUCCCUAUUUAUCUGAUUUUUUAAAAUGUUGAACUUACAGUUUCAUUACAAAAAGAUCAGAUCAUCAGAGGCAGUAACUAUCCAGGAUUGGAAUACAUUUGAUUGCUGACUGUUAAUAAAAGUACAUGGUAUGGUAAAGAUUGUUCAAAGGGUACAGGACUGUCACUUCUGUGUUUUUAGAGCUUUUUCUCUCACGUCUCAGGGAUGAAUUUUUUUUCAAAGUUUUGAAAUUCCUUGUAACUUAGCUAUGAUCUGAGUGAUUAUCCUCCUAGAUAAAAUUUAAAGGGUUUUUAAAAAGUAACUACAUAUAAAAUGAGAAGUAGGUAAUUUGGAUAAUUUUAUUUUGAAUUCUUUGGAUACAUAUUUUGUCUAUAUAUUGUCUUGGCUAUGAAAAAUUCAAAUUUACAGUAACUGUGGAGGAGCAAUACUCCCUGAUUUCAGGGAGAAUUCUAAAUUUGUAAGUCAGAUAAUCACAUGAUGAUUAUGUUUUUGUUUUAAGUUGUUUUCAUGCAUUUGUUAUUUUACUAAUUGGCCUGAAUGAUGAGACUAGAUCAGUAUCUACAUAUUUUCAUUAGUAGAAACAUAUGUGUAGAUAAGCCCUUUUUACAAUGAUGACUUAUUUUUAAAAAUCAGCAUAAAUAUUGGCCUGCAAGAUCAAUCCUAAACAAUCACAAUUAAACUGUGCUACAUAAGACAACUUUAUUGUGAAGCAUUUACCUCUCCCAAAAUUACCACGUUUCAGUUUCUUGGAGUAACACGUUAAGGGGUGUGAUUUUGAAUUCCUCCUUCUGUCUGUCAAUAGGGCAUUCAUGCUGGAUAAGUUGAUUUUUGUUUUGUUUUUAUGUCUUAGACCAUCCCAUAUUUGCUUAUCCCAUAAUGCAGUUCUUUUGCAGAAAGAUUAAAACUGUAAAUGUUUUUUUCUGGCAAUUAUCAGUUAUAUUGUAAAGGGGGGGUGGAAUGGCAUCUUUGUUUAUAGGAGAACAUUUGUAAAUAAAAUUAAUUUUCCAAGUCAAUCACUUGUUUUUGUACCUUAGUAUAUACCUGUCAGUGUUAAUGAAAUUCUCAUUUUGUGUGUAAUACUUCUUAUAUAUGUUCUUUGCUAUAAAAUCACUGAGCACAGAUUUAAUGAAAGUAAACAUUCACAAUCCAUUUUUUCUUCAAUGAAUUGAAUUGCUGACAUCAAGAAAACUCAUAAGCAACUUUUAUUCUAUGACUUAAGUUACUUCUAAAACUUUGGAGCAGGUAUUGAAUGCCUGUUGGCCAUCCCAGAGUUAGAGAUGGAUUAUCUCUGGGCUGCGACUUGCAACUUGAAUCAAAGAAAUGGAUCAGGGAUUCGUAGUUACCCUGUUUCCCCCAAAAUAAGACCUAGCCGGACAAUCAGCUCUAAUGCGUCUUUUGGAGCAAAAAUUAAUAUAAGACCCGGUCUUAUAGUAAAAUAAUUUAAAGAAUAUUAAUAAGUAAAAUAAAUUUUAAAAAAUACUAAGUUUUGCUCCAAAAGACUCAUUAGAGCUAGUUGUCCGGCUAGGUCUUAUUUUCAGGGAAACACGGUAAUUACUUGGCUCAUGUGGGUAAUAUAUUUGGCACUUAGAGGCAGUGCUCUUAACAAAGCGCUGAUGCAUGAGUCUUGAGUUUCAGCCACUGAGCAGAUUCAAAAGAAGCAGUUAAUUGAGGGCACUCCCAUUUCUCCAUAGGCUCUGAGCCAUACAAAACUUUUAAAAAAAGAGACCUUGUCUUGUUGCCAUUUUCUUAUAAGACAUUACAGCACACCUUUAUGCUCAUUUAGUGUCAGGAUACUGUCCAAGUUCAAAGUCCACUGGGGAGCAGUCACAGCAGGGCAGCUUCAGAGUAUUUUGUAGCCGAGCAGUUCUGAGAAAAUGAAGCACUGAACAUCAAAGUAGGUCAUCUCUGGAGGCCACUCACACAUUUCUGGCUUUAAUGUGCCUCAAAGGAGGUCUGCAAGCUCUCACAGGUUAACCCUGGUGUCCCCAGAGCAGUUGUGAUUUGGUGACCGUAGUAUCUUAGUAGACAGUACCUUAAGUCCCAGUUGCCUGCACACAUCCUUCCCCUUAGCCAUUCACAGGAUUAACAAUUUGUGAUCCUUCUGGACACCAAGUAUCCAUGAUAGUUGUCCUAUGUAUACUGACCCUGCAUCUAUAUGCCUACGACCUGUCGUGAAGGAACUUGGCUCUAGUCUAUAAAUAUUAACCAAACUCAUACUCUAACCCUUAAGUACAGUGGUUUUCAAACUUUGUUCACAGCAGAAUCUCUGUUAUAAUAAAAUAGUUAUUACUCAAAGGAGUAAUAACAGUACUAUCAUGCUGCAGUAUCUAAAACAGGUAAGAGCAGUUCCAUUUAUUUUCAAUUGAAGCAAUGAUGGGGCCCAAAGGCCCACUAGUCAGCCUCCACCUUACUCUUGUCCAGCUUCCUAAGGCGCUACCACAAAACCCUGUUUUCAAAAACAGUUAAAAAGUAUUUCUUAAAAAUUCUGGCUUUA